UACAAAAUCAGGUUUAACGAGCUUCAUUGUUUAUAUAAAAAAAAAAAUAUGUAUUGUUGCUAUACACAAAAUUCUAAUUUCGUGUUGGCAAUAGCCAUGAAAACCAUAAUGAACGUGCAACCCUGUGCCAAACUCGAAAUAACCAACUCCGAGCAACCUAAGCAGGCGCCAUUUAAUUUAGCAAACAAAAAUUUGUCUGCAUAACACCGACCUAAAAUUCCAGUUAUAUCAAUCUGAAACGAGAACUUUUCCCGUAAUUUUCGGAAUAUGACAACACUUGUUCGUUUGCGAAUUCAUUUUCAUUCCCUGUCGAUUGUUACGUGUGUGUUGUUGGUGGAGUGCGCAUCGUCGAAGUUUCAAUUUUGAUAUAAAAUCGGUAUUUCUGUAAAUAUAAGGUGCUAAAUUUAAAAGAAAAUUGUGUAACUUUAUUGGAAAAAUACUACAAAAAGUGCAAUACAAAUAAAACUUUCUUUAAUAAAGCUUACAAAGCAAAUCACUGCAUCUACAUAAAAAAGUUUAUUGGUUUUGGAAAAAGUGUGGAGGGGAUAACGUAUAAAAAUCACGUACCAGCAAAUACCAAGGAAGAAAUACCUACAAAGAAAAAUAGGAAACUGAAGCGUUCCCAAAGGACUGAAAAUACAGAAAAAUACCUGCCGUAUUUUACAAUUGACGAAACGCAAUUGAUCAUAAAGCAAAACGCGAAUAAGUAUAAUUAAAAAGCUUACAAAAUUUUAUAAAAUAAUAAGCAAAUAAAUAAUUGUGCUCCAAGCUCCAAAUAAAUUUUAAUUACACAUAAUAAGAAGUGUGCCUAUACUAAGCCAUUAAACCUAAAACAAGUGCAAUCUCUUGUACAGACCAAGAAACUACAAACUUCCUUCACAAAGGAAGAAUAUUAUCACUGCCUUGAAAAUGCAGAUCUCGUGCAAAUGUUUAAAUUUUAUAGCCACCAGUAAUAGUCAGGCGGCUAACAACAAUGUUGGUAUGAUAAGUGGUAGCAGCAACAACGGGCCGGCAGUAACUGAUGCACGACGAAGCUUUACAGAUGAUGAGCCAAUGGCUCAACAACCAAUUGCUGGCAGCAACAAUGCCAGUAAUGCAGGCGCCAACAAUAACAACUCAAACAAUUUGUGUACUUUAUUGAUGGAAUCAUUUUUGCAACGUUUUCCAAGAACGUUCAUUUUCUAUUCACAGUGCAUGGAGUUCUUUAAGCAGGCCAUUGGACCUAUUACUGAUCUCAACAUUCAUACGCUGAGUCAGCGCGAUCUGGUCUAUAGCAUAACGUUAGAGGUGCCAACUGGGCAAGAUCAUCCACAAAUCCAUUCAUGGCAGCUGAGCAUUUGCAUCAAUUGUAAUGCGGCUCUUUGUGCCAAGCGCCUUCCAACGCCACCGUUACCUGUAGGUGCAAACAGCACACCUGCGCCACUCACUAUUAACCCACCGCAAUUCCUCAUCAAUUGUUCGCUCCUGACAAACAACGAGGAGUUGGCACUUAGGCGUGCUGAUAAAUCGUUUUCCGAUACAUUCGGUCUGCUCAUAAUGGAUCAUCCACAAUUGCAAUUGGAGCAGGCGCCUACUGGUCCAUUGUCAAAUUUCUCAGUCGGUUCAUUAUCGGCAGCCACGCCAUCUAUGCCGCAGGACAUGAAACAGCUACGUUUACGGCAACUGCAACAAAAUUUGCAGCAGCGACUUAAACGUGAAAUAGCAGAAACUGAUGAACGAAUUCAACGGUACACAGAGCAACAGUUUGCUUUGUUGAAGAGCUUCCGUGAAAAGUCUGAGCAGGAAUAUGCGUUACUGGGACGCUUAAUUCAACGUGUGCCUGAGCAACAGGCGAUCGAGUUUUUGGAUCGUACGCCCCCAGCAUUGGAGGUGAUUGGCGGUGGCAGUUAUGCUGGGCGUCGUCGCAACACAAUUAGCAAUCGUCGAGAUAUGACGACCGUUACGACACCGUCGACGCCCACUACACCCAACCCCACUACGAAUGGCCUUCACAUGCUCUCACUGCCGUUGACCACAACGGCGCCCACCACAGCUAGUGCCAUGGAUACAGCGAAUACUCAGGGUACUGCUGGCUCAACAACAGCAGUCACACCAGCAGCGACAACCUCAGUAUUGGCCACGGCAAUUGUCGGCAGCAGCAGCCUCAAUCGUCGGUUGUCCCACUUCGAUACACCACCGGCGACGCCAGAAGCCACACCGAUGAGCGUGGGUAACAGUCCCACCUUCCGACCGCAGCAACAGCAGCAGCAACAACAACAAUCCUCAAUGUCACAUCAACAGUUUGUACGUAUUGCCGCUAACUCGUUCCAACAACAAUUCCCAACACCAACAGUCGAAUUGGCAGAUGAUUGCCUCUUCGAGUUGGAGGGCAUUGAUAGUGGUGGAAGCUCUUCGAACGUAGGCAGCACCUCGCCAUUCGGUGCCAUGGUGUCGAACUUGUCACAAAAACUGCCAUAUCAACAGCAGCAGCAGCAAAGACUAAUGAAUAAUUACUCACAACAUCAUCACUAUCACGGCCGGGAUAUGAGCGACGUGGACGAAAGUGAAGAUGAUGCCGCCGAGGCAGAAGUUGCUCUUGAUUUGGAUAGUACACUGCCCAUACCGAUGGGUUCACGUCCCAUGAAUGCCGGACAGCAGCGCCCAGGCGCCGCCAGUGCUGCCGAUGUCAUGAACUUUGCCAAAAGUCUACCAAUUGAAAUAGCAAAUUCACCAAUGACUGCCGGGCGCUCCUAUGUGAAUAUACUGGAAGAAGAUGAUCUGGACAACACUGUCGAUAUUGCUGCGAGCAUCAAAGCGCUGGCUAAGAGCGUACAUGGCGAAGCGGUGUUUGGCGAUUUACCACGCCCACGCUUGCGUUCCCAAAUUUAAGGCAUACAACUAUCGAUACAUAAUUAACUUAUACAUAUGUAUUUCCUUGAACUAUACUAGUUUGCUCAAAAUAAUAAAAGAAAUUUAAGUUGAA